AUUCCAUAGGUUGCUUUUUCACUGUUGAUUGUUUUCUUUGAUACACAGAAGUUUUAAAGUUUGAUGUAGUACCCAUUGUCUAUUUUCAACUGAUCCAUUAUUCUAUCUAUUUAAAAAAAUAAUAAUCUGUAGCAGCAAUGACAUAAAAAACAAAAAGAGGCUACCACAGUAGGAAAUGACCUAGUCCCUGAAUUAAUUAAGAUGCCUUUUAAUGUAUUUUGAUUGUUUAAGAUUGUUGGGUAAGCAAUAUAAGAAAAAAUAAAUGUGGCCAUAUAUUAUACAUAAAGAUAUUCUACAAAUAGUAAGAAAAUUUGAAGAGUGUUUUACUUAUCUGGACUUUAAUAUUUCCCAUCUGGAAACCACAUCUCCAGCCCUUCUUGUAUGAUGUUAUUAUAUUCAUUAUAUAACUUAUUCUUCAUCCAGGUGAGCAGCUGUUAGUGUGCUAAAGGCUGCCAGUGAUGAUGGUUUCACGUCUCUUAUGAUAAACUACCCAUUUAUGUGAAAUGGAAAGAUAUAAAUCAUGCAGAAAUUCCCUUGGAUCAGAGAGUAGGGGUUCCCCCAGCACAAUUAAGUUUGUGGUCAGUUUAGCUGGAUCAGCUAAGACAACCAGCCAAUCAGAUUUUAGGAGGGAAACGGAUUUCCUAAAUAAAUAUGAUUUCCAAGAGCAUGUUCUCUAAAGAAUUUCUCAGGCUUAGAAUCAAAUACAGGAGUGACUCAGUAGAACAAAUACAGGAGCAACUCCAUUCUACCACUAUGAAGAAAAGUGGCGUUCCUCUCCUUUUGGGUAUCAUCUUCCUGACUCUGAUUGGAGUUCAAGGAACUCCAACAAUGAGGAAUGGACGCUGUUCCUGCAUCAACACCAGCCCAGGGACGAUCCAUUCAAAAUCCUUAAAGGACCUUAAACAAUUUGCCCCAAGCCCUUCUUGUGAGAAAACUGAAAUCAUUGCUACAAUGAAGAAUGGGGCUCAAACCUGUCUAAACCCAAAUUCAACAGAUGUGAAAGAAUUGAUUAAAGAGUGGGAGAAACAGGUCAACCAAAAAAAAAAGCAAAAAAAAGGGAGAAAAUAUAAAAAAACCAAGAAAGUUCCAAAAGUUAAAAAAUCUCUACAUCCUCCUCAAAAGAAGACUACAUGAGCUACCAUUUUACCAGCAAGUAUUUUGUGUUAAAAAGUUUCUUUUUAACUAUACUGAAAUAAUUCCAAAAACGGAUGGCAUCUUAAUACAUAAGCUUGUUGAUUUGAACUAGAAAAUUUAAAGCAUUAUUUUGAAAUUGUAAUUAAAGGUAGAAAGUUGCUUUUAAAAUCCAGCUGUGAAGAAUUGUUAGAGGCUAGAGUUUGUCUUUGUUCUUCCACCUCUGACCAGCUGAAUUUCAUCAUGCUUAAGCCCACAAUCUCCGUAACGCCCACAUCUGGACAAAUGUCCUCACAACCGCAUCCCACACACAACAGCUGCCUGUGAGAACAGCUGUAGGCUUCCCAGGACUCCAGAGAACAUCCUGAGGCACACGUCAGCAGGCCCCAGCCUGGGAGCAUGCUGGUAAGCGGAGCAGUUUGGAAUCGAGCUGGACCUCACCAAGUUGCCAUGGCCGCCAGCAUCUGUAUUUGAAUCUGCCUGUGGGCCUCUCAUACAAUGCAUCUGAGAUAUCCGUGCCGUGUAUAACUGUACCAUUUACAUAUACAUGUACACUCUCUAAGCAAAUAAUUAAGUGCAAAGCAGUAUUGACAUAUGUACCCUGUAGUCUGAAAUAUUUUCUUUGUUAAAAGACAAUGCUAUCAAUAAAUGCACCACUGAU